AUGAGCUUCCCAUAUCUUAGUAUGCCUAUCCUAAGACAUUUGGAGCAUUCAGGUGCUUUUGGAGAAGUGCUAGAUCCAACCAAGGAUAUCAUUUUGAUCACCGGGGGAUCCAACGGACUUGGAAAACAGUUGGUGCAAUGUUUCCAUAACGCUGGGAUAACCGUGAUUGUGUUUGACAGCGUGGUUCCUGCAAAACAAGACGACGCUGAGGGCGACAACAUUUGGUACUUCCAAUGCGAUAUCAGCAAUAAAAACAAAAUCCUUGAAAUGAAGCAAAUUAUAGAUAAUGAUAUUGGCCCGGUAACGGUGUUGAUCAACAAUGCUGGAAUUAUGCGAGGUAAACCGUUGACGGAAUUAUCGUUCGAAGAGAUUGAAACCAUGAUAAACGUCAACUUAUUGUCGAAUUUUUACAUAGAUAAGAUAUUUUUACCCGAUAUGAUCGAGAAUAAGAGAGGGUACAUUGUAACGGUUGCGUCAGUAUUAGGUUACAUGUCACCAGCAAAGUUGAGUGCCUAUGGUGCUUCUAAAUCCGGGGUUAUUGCAUUGCACGAAUCAUUAACUUAUGAAUUGGGCUCUCCCUCGUUAUCUUCAAGCGGAAUAAGAACCCUACUUAUUGCCCCAGGACAACUCCGCACUUCAAUGUUUGAAGGAGUACAAACCCCAUCGGAAUUACUAGCCCCAAAAUUGGAUCCUUCGUACGUUGCCAACAUCAUAUUUCAAGCAGUGAAUCGGGGACGGCGAGGAGAAAUCAAAAUACCCUUGUAUGGCAACUUCUUACCGAUAUUCAGGGCGCUUCCUUGGAGAAUCACUGAGGUGGCAAGAUACAUUUCUGGUAUUGAUUCCACCAUGAGAAAUUAUACAGAGAAACCGAACGAAAGUACUGACUCUAUCAGUUCUUUUAGUAGUAAUGAUUCUGAAACAUAA